UUAUAUUCUGCAAAUGCAAGAAAUAGAUAUGAUUAAAAACAUGUAUAAAGAAGAAUUUAUAUUUCCAAAGGAAAACUCUCUAAAUAAUAUGUUACCAUCUUAUAAUUUAAAAUUUAAUGGGGAUAAAAUUAAAUAUGAAAUUUUUGUUGAGUAUCCAAAAACAUACCCCUUAGGCGAUUCUAAUCCUGUAAUAUCUAUAUUUACAAAUGAUAUAACCAAGAAUAAACAACAAAUCUUGAACCAAAAAUUAAUCAACUUAAAUAAAUAUUUAAGCAAAAGCAAUAGUGGUGAACUGCGUAUUUCUAAUAUGAUCCAAUUUAUACAGGACUUCCUAAAUGAUGAAAUAAUUAAUGGGUUAGAGGAGAACCCUUUAUCAUCAAACCCCAUCCAAAAUUCAUUUCAAACCCCAUCAAAUCCUACAACUUAUUCUCGUUAUUGGAUAUAUAGUCAUCACAUUUACAACCCCUCCAAGCGAAAGUUUUUACUACAAACAGCCCAAGAAAAUGAUUUAACUGGUUUUGUUUUACCUGGAAAACCAGGUAUAAUUUGCAUUGAAGGUCUUACCACAUCUUGUCAAAUUUUUUGGAAUGCUGUUAAGCGGUUAACUUGGAAAAAAAUAAUGCUUAAACAUGAAGAAGAAAUAUCAAUCAUCGAUAACAAAAAACAUUUUUUGUCAAAAGAUAAUUUCAGAUAUGACAAAAAGUUUGAGGGUUUCAAGGAAAUUGUAUUAUCUGAUACAAAAUAUGAUGGUUUUGAAAUCGGUUCUGAGACUCAAAUAUUUGAUAAUAAUAAACAAAGAAAUAGUAGGCAUCAGGAUAUGGGGAAAUUUUCUUUGUAUCUUAAGACCCAUGGCUGUGAACACAUUUUUUGUAUAUUGUUUAAUAUUUAAAAUUUAACAUAAAAAAAUAAAUUAGUGAUAUUAUAUAUAUUUUAUAUGAAAAAUAAUAUAUAUUUGAAUAUAUGUAAAAUAUACAUAAAAUGAUAUAAGUUGUUUAUAUCUUAAAUAUU